AUGCAUAUUGAAUAUCUUGGGAAGAGUUUUGUGGAUGGUUCUGGCACCACUCCUGAAGAAUUUCUUUCAUCUAAGGAUGGAACUUCUAAAUUUGUCAACUCUGCCUAUACCCUCUGGCACAAGAAGGAUCAGUUUAUUCUUAGCAUCAUCAAUGCUACACUGGCUCCUACGUCAGCUUCUCAUGCUGCUCGUCUGAAAUGUCAACUCCAAACACUGCGCCAAGGCUCUUCUUCUUGUCAAGAUUAUCUAGACAAUGCCAAGGCCAUUGCUGAUCUGUUAGCUGCUAUUGGCAAGCCAGUAGCAAAUGAUGACAUGAUUGGCUAUAUUGUAAGUGGUCUGACUUCAUUGUACACAUCAUUUAUCUCAUCAUUCUACUUUGCUACUCGCCAACAGGGUCUCUCCUUUGAGGACUUCCAAUCUGAGCUUCUUCCUCAUGAGGAUCUCUUGGAACAACACCAGCAAACUGUACAACCAGAAGGUACAUUUGCUAUGGUGGCAAAGUAUAAUAACCAACAAUUUUCUCGGCCAUCCAACAAUAACAACUCCGCAAGUAACUUCAAGGAGAAGCAAGGCAACAACACCAGAGCUCCUCAGCGCAACUACACCCUAAAACUCAAUUCAGGGUCUUCCUCUGGUUCUUACAAGUAG